UCAAAAGAAAAUAAUACAUGUAUUUGUUUAAAAACAUCUUCACAACAAAAGCUGUUUAGUAUCUAACAUAUGAUUAUUUUGACACCUACAUGUAUAGUCAAAAUGGAGAGGAAACCUGUUUUCACCUUAAACUGUACUCAUACUGUGGAAAACAGCAAGGGAUCUUUUAUGUGUGUGUUUUUUAUGGAAGUUGUGAAUUCUUCGUUUUAUUGACUCGUCUUUGCGAGUAUUACAUGCAAUUUAUAUACAAGUGUGGAACCUGGAUUUUCAGAUGGGAUAUUUAGUAUUGAUGUAUUUCCUGUUUGUAGAUUGAUUUCAUUGAUAUGCACAUGCAUAGAUUACAGUGUGGUAUAUGCUUCAGAACAUUAAAGGAAAGGAAUGUUGAUUGAAAGAAAGGAAUAUUUAAUGUUACCUCAUGAAAUUAAAAUUGCAGCUGUCUGUUGUCAAACAGUACUAUUUGGAUACUAUCUGCAUGUGUAUAUAUACACAGCUGGAGAGAAAAACACAGCUGGCUUUGUUCCACAUAGGCUAGUUAUUUCUGAAUAGCAGCAUGAACUCCUUUGGACUGUUUGUUCAAUGACACCCCAGCACAUUGCUUAAUAACAUAGUUAUGAAAAUUGCAAGCAGUAAUAUUAGUUUUGUAGAACUAUAUGCUUUACAAAGGUUUACUUAUAUAAAGUGAACAGUGAAGAGUUUAACUAUUAGAACUGGAAAAGUGUGGAACUAUAUGCUGCUUUACAAACGUUUAGUUCUAUAAAGUGAAUUAACAGUGAAACAUUUAAUUAUUUAAGUUUAUUAUAUAAGUUCAGUUAUAUAAAGUAAACAGCGAAACUUUAACUAUUAGAACUGGAAAAAUGUUGAACUAUAUACUGCAUUACAAUGGUUUAGUUGUGUAAAAUGAACAGUGAAACUUUUAACUGUUAGAAUGGGAAAAAGUGUGGAACUAUAUACUGCUUUACAAAGUUUAGUUAUAUAAAGUAAACAGCGAAACUUUAACUAUUAGAACUGGAAAAAUGUUGAACUAUAUACUGCAUUACAAUGGUUUAGUUGUGUAAAAUGAACAGUGAAACUUUUAACUGUUAGAAUGAGAAAAAGUGUAAAUCUGUAUGUGUAUAUGUAUAUGCUGCUUUACAAUGGUUUAUAGUUAUAUAAAGUGAACAUUGAAGAGUUUAACUAUUACACAUGGAGAAGGCGAGAGAGACGGCUAUAAAAAUCAUAGGAUUGAGUUCUGAUGAAAGUUUCAGGGGCAGUUCUCCUGGAAGUUUUUCAGAAACAGAACCAUCUAACUUGACACAGAAAUCAGAUCUGCAGAAUGCUCUUUCAGAGAGAGAUUCCAGUGCCUUAGGUUCAGACAACGAUUUGCUUCAGGCAAAAAAUGAGAGAAGUAAAAGAAAACCCAUUAGUAAGAAAAUAAGGUCACCCAUACCUCCAAGACCAAAGCCAGUAGAGAAACCGCCGACCCCUGAACCCGAACCCGUGACAGACGUAGAAGAAUGGAGUCCGGAGCCCCCGAGUAGGGAGGCGACCUUGACCCCUGUUGAAGAUGAAGUCUACACACCAAGCAUCUCAAUGCCCGAUCUUCCAGAAUUUGAACUGGCAAAGAAGGAAGCUCAGAGGAAGAAAUCUAUGAAGUUCCUUGUUGAAGCUCCACCAGAGUUGAAGGAACAACCAAAGAAAAGGAAAUCACCACCAAAAGUCAGACGAAUACCAAAGAUUCAAUACAACAGAAAGAGUCGGCCAGCUGAAGCACCAGUUACCAGUGACAAGUUACAGGAGAUACAGGACCCACUAGACUUCCUGGCCAAAUACUGCAUCAUUAAUCCUAACAGACUUCCAUUCUACAAGCUGAUCUUUGAGGCUGUAAUUGCUGACCAAUCUCCACGAUACAUACACGAAAAAUCAUCAACCAAAUUGUCUGAACACGAGAAGAAACUAAUGAAAGAUAUUGCUGUUCUGACUCACGGCCAUUCAGAUAAAAUUGGACUGAGUCCACCUGAAAUCUACCUGGAGAAAAUCUGCUACACUCUUGAGAUGAUCUACACCAAGAUGGAGUCUUUGAGCCUUGACCUUCAGGAUAUUGAUGAUCGAAGAUUAAAUGCGAUGGCAGUCGCUGCACGGAAAAUGUUUCCAGGAAUCACAGCACGCGAUUAUUCACCUCCCAGAAAGAAAAAGGGAAGAAAAGGAAAGAAGAAGAGAGCUGACCGUGAGAAAUCUCCAUCAUGUUCCCACGUGAGAGGGAUAAUCACGAACGACAUUGUCAUAGAGAGACUCACAGACGAUAUGAUAGCACUGCUCAGUAAGGAGACAGAAAUUCGACAGCUGAACUUGGAGAGAGAGAGAACCCUGGAGAAAAUUAGUGAUUUAAAAGGAAGACUGAACGACUUACAGGGUGAGAAGAUUCUGGCGGAUGCUCUCAGUGCCAGGUGUUACUUUGAAGACCAGAAGGACAACGAGAAACCGCACCAGUUCCGUCGACAGCAGAGUCAGCUCUACAACACGCUCAGACCAGACCCGGAUUUUGAGAUGAAUCUUGAUGAGUUAGAAGAUGCACUACAACAAAUCAACAACCAUCUACUCACAGACCAAGAGUUCAAAUUCCUCUAUUUUAUUCUCGAUCUCCCAGGAAGAAGGAGAAUAAAUUUCAGACUCUUCUCCGUUAUCGCAGCCUUGUCAGAGAAAGUCACACAGCUUGAUCCAGUGAUACGGAAGCUUAUCAACAAGUUUGACUACAAUGCGCUCAAUGUAAAGAUGGACAAAUGCAAGGAGCUGUUCAGUCUGUUGAUUGAUGAUGAGUUAUCUACCCCUCGUGGUGGCGCCUCGGCUACAAGCCUGGCUCUGGAGCUUACUGCAGGUGGACUCAAACCAGAACAUGUUAGCUAUGUUCUCAGCAAAUUCAACCGAGAAGGAAAAGGAGUGUUUGACUUCAUGGAUUUUGUCACCUACAUCCCACUGUUUAUAGAGAUCCACCAGCGAAUUGUGAAGGACCCUCUUUGUGAAGACAAAGACCUUUAGAAAACUGCCACUAUAAUUAUAAAACAGUCAAAUCCACUUAAUUGCAUACAUGUAGCUCUGGUGCAUGCCAAAAUUAUGCAAAUAACCAACAUCCAGUACUUAUCUGCAUACAGAGCAUCAGUGUGUGUAGGAUAUGGGUGGGUACAUUUCAUUUCAUUUCAACUUAUUUUUGUGCUUAUAUCCAAUUAAGGUUCAAGCAUGCUGUCCUGGGCACACAAACCUCGGAUAUCUGGGCUUUCUGUUAAGGACAGUCGGUUAGUUGUUAAUGGUUAGUGAGAGAAAAGAGCGUUUAGUGGUCUUACACCUACCCAUUGAGUCAUUAAAACUUGUUCUAGAUUGGAGCCGGUACCGGGCUGCAAACCCAGUACCUACCAGCCUUAUGUCCGAUGGUGUAACCACGAUUACCACCGAGGCCGGUGGGUGGAUACAUAAGAGAACCUUAGUGUAUCAAUGUCAAGGACAGUGCCUUACAAUGUUAGUAUUGGUUGUUAUUUAUACCUCAGUCCAUUGUUCAACCAAUGAGAUAUCUAUUGUAUACACGUAUGUAAUACGCAAAUGUUGAAUUUAGUAAUUUAGUAAUACUAAUUCACAAGAAGUCAUACUAAGACGUAAUCUCAUAUUUGCUCAAAGUGUGAUACUCAUCACAGACAAGUUUGUAUUGGAGGUGGAGAAAUAAAGUAAAACUGAUAAAUAAUGAUUAAUAUAUGGAUUUCAAAUAGAUGAAGAAAUAAAUAAAGUUUGUUUUGUUUAACGAAACCACUAGAGCACAUUGAUUAAUUAAUCAUCAG